GCGGCGGCCAUGGCUGGGGGCGCGUGGGACUGGGCCCAGGGGGCUCCCGUGGGAGCCCUAACCCUGACGGCUCUGGCUGAAGGGAUCCGGGCCAGCCAGGGGCAGCCCCCGGGACCCCCUUCCACCGGCCCUCAGCCCGAACCUGAGCUUGAACGCGGGGUAGAGCCUGGGCGGGCAGCCGCCAUUUCCCCAGCUGGCAGUGAGCCCUUCUCCCAGCCUCCUACCCAGGAGCCAGUCCCUGAGGGACCCGGUCUUCAUCUGACUCCCCAGAGUUCCUUGGAAGGGGGGGCCCUCGCAGACCUGGCGUCGUACACGGCUGCCUGUCUGGACGAGGCUGGCUUUGCGGGAACGCAGGCGACAGCACUCACCCUGUCCUCAGCCCUGGAGGCCUGGGGGGAGUGGCUGGAGGACCAGGUCCACGGCCUUGUGCGAGGGCCGCUGGCACAGGUGCCCAGCCUGGCAGAGUGGAGGCCCCAGCGGGCGGCCCUGCAGGUGCUGAGCACACUGGCCCUGGAGCACUGUCGGGCCGUGGUGUGUGCACUGCUGCCGCGCUCACUGUCCCCGGACCGGGCGGCAGCCGAGCUUUGGCGUGGCCUGGGCCAGAACCAGCGCGUGAAUGGGCAGGUGCUGGUGCAGCUGCUGUGGGUGCUAAAGGGCUCGGCCAGAUGCCAGCUGGAGGCACUGGUGGCCACUCGUGCCCUUGGGGAGAUGCUGGCUGUGUCAGGCUGCGUGGGUGCCACGCGGGGCUUCUACCCGCAUCUUCUCCUUGUGCUGGUCACACAGCUACAUGAGCUGGCCCGGGACCCAUGCCCCACUGACAUCCCCAAGGUUUGGGCCCCAUCCCACCAAGGGCUACCGUACAGCCACGCCAGCUGCACAGUGGAGGCCUUGAAGGCCCUGUUCACUGGGGAUAGCUGCUGCAUGGUGGUCACGUGCAUGGAGCAGGCUGGAGGCUGGAGAAGACUGGGGGGGGCCCACACCCACCUGGAGGGUGUCCUGCUGCUGGCCAGUGCCAUGGUGGCGCACGCCGACCACCACCUGCGAGGCCUGUUCGCUGCCCCAGCUGCGCAGCGCGGAAGACGCACAGCGCCUCACGGCUAUGGCCUUCUUCAGCGGACUGUUGCAGAGCCGGCCCACCACACGGCUUCUGCGGGAGGAGGUCAUCCUGGACCGGCUCUGCGCUUGGCAGGGCGACCCCGAGCCCACCGUGCACCGGCUGGGCCUGCUGGGCCUCGGCCACCUGGCGCUGAACCGCAGGAAGGUGAGGGGCAGGACUGGGCGGGGUCUGGGCGGGGUCUGCGAGGGGUCUCCCACGAGUCCCCGUCCCUGCAGGUGCGUCACGUGAGCACGCUGCUGCCCGCGCUCCUGGGCGCCCUGGGCGAGGGUGGCGCGCGGCUCGUGGGCGCCGCACUGGGGACGCUGCGGAGGGUCCUGAUGCGGCCGCGGGCGCCGGUGCGGCUCCUGGGCGCGGAGCUGGGACCGCUCCUCCCACCGCUUGUGGAAGACGCCCGGGACUCGGUCCGCGCCUCGGCGGUCGGGCUCCUCGGGACGCUGGUGCGGCGCGGCUGGGGCGGGCUCCGGGUGGGACUCCGCGGCCCCCUGCGGAAGCUGGUGCUGCAGAGUCUCGUGCCACUGCUGUUGCGACUGUAUGACCCCAGCCGGGACACCAAUGAGAGCUCAGAGUGGACCCUGACCCUCUGUGACCAGGCCCUGCGCUGGGGCCUACUGGAGGAGAUGGUCACCGUGGCCCACUGCAACAGCCCUGAGGCCCUAAGCUGCAUCUGCCACCGCCUGAAUUGGCCCUCCUGUCCUGCUAUGAGCCCUUCUGUCCCCAGGUUUAGGGGUACCCGAGUCACGUGCCCCGCUUCCUGAGCCAGACCCAGGGCUACCUGCGGAGCCCACAGGUCUCCCUGCGCUGGGCAGCUGUGGUGCUCGUGGGCUUCCUGGUCCAUCACUCAAGCCCCCGCCGCAUCAACCAGGACCUGCUAGACAAUCUGUUCCAGGCCCCCUGCCUGGAUGACACCUGACCUCCCGGGCCGAGGCCUGGUGGGGGCCACUGUGAAGCUGACACAGCCCUGGGAGCCGGCGCCGUGAUAGGCCGCCCUCUGCCUGGGCCCUCCCGGCCGCCCCAGCAGCCCAUCACUCCUCGUCACGUGCUCCACUCCUGGCUGGCCAUGUCCUGGCCUGAGGUUCUGAGGUUCCUGGCCAAGAAGCACUGAUCUGUCCUCCUGUCCACACCCGCUGCCCCACAGCCUGGCCCCGUUCCUGCCCCUCCCCCGCACUUACCGUGUCAGACCCCACCUGGGCCUUCUCCGGAAGCUGUCCCCGACCUCCCCACUGGACAGCACGGACCCGAGAUGACACCUGCGGGCUCAGGUGUGGGCUGCCAGCAUUCGCACCCCACUAGGCUGACCUGUCGCGCCGGCACCCCAGCACCCUGCUCAGGGGUGAAUGGAGGCGUGACUGGACAUGUGGGGAAGAGGGCCCUCAGGACGGCUCCGAGGCCGUGACCCAAUCCAUCCAGACCCUGGACGGGCGGCUUCCUCCACCUGGAGUGCCCACCUUGAGGUGUCCUCUUGCCCUUUCAGGGCCCCCCCAAUGCUGCCUCCUCAGAGGAGGAGGCCUCAACUCACACAGCCUCUUGGAGGCUGGGGUCCUGCCCAUCCCUGUGGAAAGCGUUUAAAAUAAACACACGGAUCCUA